CAAAGUAAGGAGUACAAUGGAUUCCUGUAUGAUGAAAUGCAGGGCGUUGCCCUAGUAAGCUCUACCCUCCUGGCUAUGGACAAGAAACAGAAACCCUUCACUAGACGACCCUGCAUUGCUACGUUCAAGAUCAGCGGUUUUGACUGCGCAAAGUGUACAUCUGAAGGCAACUGGUCUGGAGAAUGAGGACAUCGGUCGACUGCAGGCAGAGAUUGACAAUAUCCCCAACCUUAUAGAGGCCAUUAGGACCGCUCUGCCAGGGGAAAAUGAUAUUAUGCUGCUUGGUGACUUUAACCUGUCUCCAAAUACCAAAGAUUUUGAUGAUCUUCGAAAUCUAGGCUAUCUCAAUUGUAUUGCCGACGGUGUCUUCACAAACAUAAGUGACGCCAACAAAAAAGGCAGCAAGACAUACGAUAACAUCUGGAUAUCUAAACAGACAAAACAAGUGUUCACUGGUCAAUGUGACGUCGUGAGAGAGGGCCUGUCCAGUCCCUGGAUCCCCAAGGGCUGGACGUGGGGCGGGGUCGUGAGUGACCACUGUCCAGUGUGGGCCCAGUUCUACACGGGCCGUGACCUUGACACUGGAGACCUGAAGAUCGGACCAGAGGUUAUUAAAUUUGCACUGACUGACUGAUGUUUUGUAAAAGAUUAGAAUAUUACACA